CAGACACGUUGCAGAGCAUGCGCACGGGAGCCACUCGAGCUGAGAAGAACACCGUAAAACGACUCAGCAAUACUGAGACUUUUCAAGAUCGGUGUACGAGUCUCCUUCACAAUCCAUUAAAGGGAAGAAGACUAAGCCCGUUUGAAACUCCCAGUUGUUCACUCCAGCAGGGGAGAACGUACCAUCAUGAAUAUUAGGGAUUAUUUUGCAAGAAUUUCUUACGACGGUCCCCAGGACAAAUUGGACUUUGACACUUUAAAAGCAGUCUUUCUGCGUCACAUCCGAUCUGUGCCAUUUGAAAAUCUCAGCAUCCAUUGUGGCGAAAGCAUCGUGAUGGAAUUAGAGGCUACCUAUGACAAAAUUGUAAAGCGGAAUCGCGGAGGAUGGUGUAUGGAGAAUAACCAGCUUUUAUGUUGGGCUUUACAGACAAUGGGCUAUGAGGUCAGCUUUUUAGGAGCCUUUGUUUACUUCCCUCAUUUAAAAGCAUACGAUAAACUCCUAAACCACCUCAUGCUAAAAGUGGUCAUUGGAGGCAAAGCCUACAUUGUGGAUGGCGGCUUUGGUAUCGAGUACCAAAUGUGGCAGCCAAUGGAAUUGGUUUCUGGGAAAGACCAGCCUCAGAUGCCCGGCACCUUUCGCUUCACAGAAGACAAAGGUGUAUGGUACUUUGACAAAGUAAGGCAUAAGCAAUGCAGGAUGGAUCCUGACAACCGCUCACCCUACUUUGAUAUUCCAGAAGACAUGAACUGCAAGAAAGUUUACUCAUUUACCCUGCAACCACGGACAAUAGAUGAGUUCCAGCCUGCGAACACGCUUCUCCAAACAUCUCCUGAAUCUCUGUUUGUAAAGAAGUCCAUUUGUAGCCUUCAGACUACCAGCGGGUUUCGGGUUUUGAUUGGGUGGACAUUAACUGAAACCCAAUAUAAUUACAAGGACAACAUGGAUUUGGUAGAAAAAACCACCCUUCCUGAUGAAGACGUGGAAAGAACACUGCAGGAACUAUUCAACAUUCGAUUAGAUAAGAAACUGGUCCCCAUUAACAUCAAUUUAGUAGAAUAGUAGAGUUGGAAGGGGCCUAAAUGCCAUCGAGUCCAACCCCUUGCUCAAUGCAGGAAUCCACCCUAAAGCAUCCCUGACAGAUGGUUGUCCAGCUGCCUCUUGAAGGCCUCUAGUGUGGGAGAGCCCUCAACUUCCCUAGGGAAGCUAACAGAUUUCAACUAAAACAAAAUAUCAAAGCCAAUUUGGAGGGUGCUGCAUGGGGAAAAUAUCUAGGGCAGCGAUAGGCAAGGUUUUCAGGCCUGCAAGCGCACUUGACCUUUUUUGUCUAGACUCAAGGGUCCAUUUGUCCUGUGACCAUUUGGGAUUUGUUUUAGGGAUUCUCCCUUUCUCUCCCCAACCCCCUGUUUGUCGAGAUGUCAGGAGUCCAGCUACCGAAAUGUUGGUAGCCAUGUUAUUACCACCAAACUAUCUUUUAUUACUAUACUAUAAUUAGUACUUAUUAUUACUAUUAUUAUUGUCACAAUAACUUUUAUUAUUACUAUUAAUCAGAUUGGUCCAAAACGACCUUCUUCCUGACAUUUGAGAGGUGCUAACUAGAGCACAACUAGGCACCAUUUAAAGAUGCAUUCCUUCACCCAGGCCUUCCCUGAGUGAGCACGCUGCACAGGAGGAAGUUAAAGGAGACAUUAGAUCAUAUUUUAGCAUGUUUUAGUUUAGCUUUUGAAAUGCAAGCAGAGCGCAGGACGGUGCUGCAGAGGAGUUGUAUUAUUCAACCAGCAAUGCUAAUAGUCAAAUUAUCCCAUUUUAUUGCAAUAUUCUUAGUGCCCACUUUGUUAUUCAUGUUCCUUCUUGUUAAUCUCAAAUUUGUGUUACAUUUCCUCUCACUGCUAAUAACACAGCCACAUUCUUCUUGUUAAAUAAAA